AUGGUCAAGCUAGAUGUGCGGAGAGACUACUACGCAGACUUGGGUCUCACGCCUAGUGCAGAUGCCGAGGAUAUCAAGAAGCAGUUUAGGAAGCUAGCUCUGAAAUAUCAUCCCGAUCGGAACCCUGGCAGAGAAGUGGAAGCGAAUGCGAAAUUCCAGGCAAUCCAGGCAGCUCACGAAAUAUUGAUCGAUCCUCACCAGCGGUUGAAGUAUGAUACGGAUAGAUUGCGAAAUGGCUACUACGGGCCUACCAAACCUAGUCCUCGAAAGGAACCCACAACAAGUUAUUCAGCCGCGAGGCCGAAUACGAAGGCGAGCUUUACGGAACGUCCCAAGUCGUUUCAUCAUGGUCCUUCUACGGGUGCUCAGAGGUACGCCAGCUAUGCAAGGGCUGCACCAAAGCAGCCGUGGGAGAAGGCCCCCGAUCAAACGCAGACUCGUGCGGAUGCGUAUCGGGGGUUCCAGGAGAUGAAGGGGAACGCUAUGCCUGGAUGGUCAUCUUUUGAUCCUCGCGGACGCGCAGGCCAAUCUGGUGCUGGCACAAGACCGACUGCUACAACGAACGGCUCGUCUGCGAGACCGAAAUCUGCCUAUGAGCAUGUGUACACUAACACCAAGCCUUCGGCUGCCGAUUUCACAUCUCAUGCUCAAUCUGCGAAGAAGAAGCAAGGGUUCGCUCCACGGGCAGCAGGUGGUGACGAACCGAUGGCAGCAAACACAGCGUCGUAUAGAAAUGGCACACGGGCUGAUCGUUUCAGCUUCGCGGCAACCCCGACUGCAAAGAAACCGACUGCUGGAUUUGCCAGCGGCGCAGAGAAUGUGGCCACUCCCGAGUUUGAGAGAACGAGAAGUACGUAUGCCACCACGGGAGGCGAGAAGACGUUCUUCUCCAGCUCUAUGCUUGGACGCUCAGGCAGCGCGCGGACCUCGCCGAAGAAUACGAAUUCGCGUUCUCAUACGAACCCGCCGAGCCCGGAUCCUCAACAGGGUGGGCGACAUCGUAGCGCUAGUCCGAGCCUGAGGGCUGAUGGGGCCCCGAGCUAUGAUUCUACAAGCUCAAGUGGUCUCAGCGAUGAUGAGGAUACGUUCAAGCCCAAGGCGAUGCCAAAAAGUCGGCUUCGGCAGCAGCAGAGGUUUUCUAAUUUUCGUAGCACUAAUGGACUAUUUUCUGGCGCUGCGCACGAUUCUGACUCGGCCAGCUCCGCGAGGAACAAUUCCGACUCACCGAUAUUCUCUAAAAAGGCUGACUUCUCGUUUGCGAAGGACUUUCCUCAGAAUGGGACUUUCAAGAGCAGCAGCCACGAUGACUUAAAAAAGUCUAGUCGUAGAACGCCAUUCGGCAACUCCCCAAGUGCGAAUAAUCGUGGCCGAACAUCAACAAGAGAUGGCUCGCACAGUACCGCUGAUAACACCCCAAAACGCGAAACAUCGACCUCGGAGCCGGAAGCUCAACAGCAACAACCCUUCUCGGAGAAGAACUUCUUGGCCAAUGAUUGGGUGGCGGCGUUCCAAUUCAAGAACAUGUCGGAUGCCCUACCGACUAGCGAUACCUCUCAAAGACAGCCAAAUUCUCAGCGCACUCGGAGUCCGCGAAAGCAAACUAGACCGGGGGUCAGAACAUGGACUGCUCCACAGCAAGCCAGCGUCGCAACAGAGGCUGAGGAGGCUAAAUCAACAGUCGGAGGCACCGGCCCGGCGCCUAGUAUUGACGGAGAGGCAAUGGAUCUUGACGACGAGUCUCCGGUCAAACCCACCAGUGCAACAGCGGCGCCUCAGAAGCCAAACAGUGGAAAAGAAAAGGUACACCCACCAUCUUCAAAAUCACGGCCGAUUUCAAAAUCCGGAGACAAGGACAUCGCUGGCGGAAGUUCGAAUCCCCUCAACUUGAAGAACCUUGGCGGUGUGUUCCCCUUCACCGCUACAAAUAGCGGUGGCCUUGAUGAUCUCAAGGACAUCUCGUCUACACUCCCAUUUGAGUCUCGGCCCAAAGCACCAAAGACAUCAAAGAGCGACACACAUCCUCGAGAAUUGGUUUGCCCUAACCCACCCAAGCGCCCGGAACCCCCGCAGCCUGUCCCAUUAAGUGCUGGGUCGAAGGAAAUGGCGAUACCACGCGCGGCACUGGAUCGGUACAUCGCCGAAAUGAACCUUUAUAUUCGCGAAUGGGGCGCUUUCGACGGCCGCAUGGUUGGGCACUUUCUCUCCCGCCACAAGAGCAACCAAACCGAGAUGGCACCCAACUGGCUUGGCGGAAUCGGAGACUCAGUUCGUUUAGGCCUCGGUGAUGAAACAGGAGGGAAAAUCUCGGGCGAUGAGAGCGACGAUACUACAGUGGGUGCAGGCAUUGGUACCCGUUCCACGGCUCGACGGGGCUUCACCUCGUAUAAGAACGCGCUCAUACAGGAUGAGAAGGUGAUGAAGCAUUGGGAGGUUGCGAGGGAGAUGCACCUGGAGUGUGUGCUGAAGUUUGGGCAGAUGAGGGAGUGGGUGAGAAACGGGGGAAAGAUCAUUUAG